AUCGUCACAUUUGACGAGCUUCACAGCUUUACUCCUCUUCCUCGCCCGCGAAGAACAUUAGACGGAUUUGCCAUGCUCGUUGCCAUAGCCUAACCGCCUCGUCAAACUCUCACACCAUGGCCGAGCUCUCUCGGAUUACGCAGGCUAUAGCUCGAUCGAUGCCGCGGUUCGGACGCCCGAUAUCGCGAUGGCCGUCGUGCCCUCCUACCAUCGCGCCCGUAUUCCCGGUUCUCCAAAUAAUGAGGCCGAUGUCAACCACAUUGCGUACCCACCACAGAAAACGAGUCGCGAACUCACCUCGUCCCACCAAUUCCCCUUUACACCCUCGGGUGCAGUCUCGGUCGUACGCUUCCAACUUCGACUGGCUGAACCCUGGCCGGGAUCCGCGCCCGGCUCAGGAUAACCAGGAAACGAUCAAAAAGCCAAACAUGGCUGCAUACGAAAACCCACUAGACGAAGAUCCCGCCUUUGGGCCCGAUUUCGACGUCACAGAGCUCGCUAAAACCCAAACAACGCCACAGCGUCAGGCUCUCGAGCGUCCCCCUUUGCGCCUCGUCGCACGAACCGGCCGCACCAUCCAUGUCCGUCAAAAUGUCGAUGUGGGCAGGUCACUCAAGCUGUUGGCUGUCCAAAUAAAUCAAAACAAGGUGCGCCAGGAUUUUCAACAACAGAGAUUCCACGAGCGACCGGGCUUAAAGCGAAAAAGACUCAAGAGUCAACGAUGGCAGAAAAGGUUUAAGCGAGGAUUUAAAGCAGCAAUCAGCCGAGUCAAGGAACUGACCAAGCAAGGCUGGUAAGGACCCUCCAGGCCACCACGUCACAGUCCCGUUGUACAUUAUCUACCAGUUCCUUCGACGGUAGCUGCGAAGUUUCCUUCGUCGGAGACUCUUCUAUGCAUUUAAGAGGACAAGGGAAUUCUGUCACCCCCUUUCAGCUGGGUGCGACGAC